CCAUCAUUCUCCUACCCAUUCUCAGUAUAAAAUCGGCCACAGAGACAGAGAGGAGAUUUGAAUUCUUACAUUGGAAUUGCAAUUCCAUUUGCAAAUCUACCUUUGCUUCUUUCUUUCUUACUGUUUUUCCUUUUUUAUUUUUCUCACAACCUUCCUCAAGACAAAAAGCACUCUUCUUUAACUCCUAGCUAAUUUAUUUUAUUCCCAAGCUUCCUUCCUUCCUUCCCUUGUUCGCUUUUAAUUUAUUUAUUUAUUUAUUUGGGCCCUAAUACGAUGAAGACAAUCAUGGCUCAUAACCCCCACGACACUUUCUCUCUCUCCCGCAGAUACCUUCCCUGGAAGAAGAAGCUUUCCGAAGAAGACGACGCCGACUCCAUGGACGAAGAAAGAUCAAAGCCCUCAGAUCAAGAUCCCAAAAAGACAGCACCAACAACGAAACAUCAGCAGCAGCAGAACAGUAUAAGUUCUCGGAAGAAAUUCUCCGCCAUUGCCGUUUCCAAGCUUCGUUCAGCUCUGACCCUGGGGAGGGCCCGGUUCUCGUCAUCGGGUCUGGGAUCGCGAGUGGUGGGCACGCUUUUCGGCAACCGGCGCGGCCACGUCCGUUUCGCGUUCCAGGAGGGUUUCAAUCUGACUCCGGCGUUUCUGGUGGAGCUGGCGACGCCGACGAGCGUCCUGGUGAAGGAGAUGGCUUCGGGCCUGGUCAGGAUCGCCCUGGAAUGCGACAAGAAGAAAGGUCGUGAGGGUGAGAAGAAGGGGGCCGGGCUCGGGCUUCUGGAAGAGCCCGUGUGGAGGACGUACUGCAAUGGCAAGAAGUGUGGCUACGCGGCCCGGAGAGAGUGCGGGCCUGAUGAGUGGAAGGUGCUGAACGCCAUAGGCCCGAUUUCCAUGGGAGCAGGAGUGCUGCCCGUACCCGUACCCGUGCCCGGUGGAUCUGAUAAUGGGGAGAUGAUGUACAUGCGGGCAAGGUUCGAACGGGUUGUCGGGUCUAAGGAUUCGGAGGCUUUUUACAUGAUGAACCCUGAUGGGAAUAAUGGAGGCCCUGAGCUAAGCAUUUACUUGCUCAGAUUCUGAUUAUUAUAAAUCUAUCCAUUUUCAAGAAUGGAUUUUUAAUCCAUUUUUAUGGUUAGCUAGCUAGCUAUUAAUUAAAUAAUUAUAGUAUAUAAUUAUGGUACUGUAAUUGGGGGUUAAUUAGGAUGAGGGCCUCCAUUUAAGUUGUACUAGUACAAUAUAUUUUUGAAAUGUGAAUUUGAUUAUUAGGGGUUAUAGGGUAUGAGAGGUAGAGAGGGGGGGGAUAGUGAAAAACUUGUAGAAGAUAACAAAGGGGUUUGGUGGGAUUGGAUGGAAUGAAGAAGGGGUAUAUUUGUGAAUAGGUUGGUUGGUUGGUUGGUUGUAAUGUUAUAAUUAUUGUUGUUGUUGUUGUUGUUCUUUUUCAAUGAAUCCUAAGGGCAAAUGUAGUUCUCUUCUUUUUUAAUGAAUCCUAAGGGCAAAUGUAGUAAUUUGUCUUGUCUGCCUAUUUUGAUC